AUGGGACAUAGGGUAACUUCUAUCCACCACUUCGAGGACUACAAGAAAGCUAUUCUAGAGGCGGACUGCGUUAUGGUAGGCGGUGGUAACACUUGGCACUUGACUCGCCUCCUUCAUCAGCACGAGCUGAUAGAGCCUAUCCGUGAGCGUGUGCAAAAUGACGGCAUACCUUAUAUAGGUUGGAGUGCAGGAAGUAACGUUGCCUGCCCAACGCUGAAGACAACCAACGAUAUGCCUAUUGUUGAUCCGCUGAGCUUCGAGACGCUGAACCUUGUCCCCUUUCAAAUCAACGCCCACUAUACGGAGCUGACGCUAGAGGGACACGGAGGUGAGACACGUCAAAUGCGUCUAGGCGAGUUCAUCAUUGCCAACCCUGACACCUAUGUCCUUGGCCUUCCAGAGGGAACGAUGAUUAGAGUUGAGGGGGACAAGUACGAACUUUUGGGCAUAGAGUCGCCCAAGUGUAAGCUCUUUAAGUUCGGACAGGAGGAGCAAGAGCUAACAGAUCUCUCGGGUUUGACAUUCUAA